AUGAAUUAUACCAACACCUGGGCUUCACACCUAUCUACAGGGAGCAUGACAGCCCAAAUACUUCCCUACGCUGUGGGCUUUCUUCUCGCUUGGCCCGUACUAACUACAACCCUACGGUUCCAUCGUCUACGCAAGCUCCACAAGCAAUUUGCCUACCUAACGCGGGAGUCGAUGUCCAAAAUGACCAUUGAAGAAGCCUUUCAAAUUCAAAAACAAAUCGCGUGGCUCGAAUUCCCAUUCACAUUCGGCAAGAGCUUCCAAUUCGCCUUAUUCCGGACCUACGGCAUUCCCUCAAUCUCCACACUCCUCGUAAAAACAAGCCAAUUCUCCAGCCCAGAAACCUCCCUCAAGCGGUACACAGAUACCCGCGUCCUCAUGCAAGAAGUGAUCGGUAACAACCCGACUUCCGCACGCGCACACCUCGGUCUUGCACGGACGCACUACCUACAUAGCGGAUAUAGGGCCUCCGGUAAGAUCCUCGAUGACGAUAUGCUUUUCACGCUAGCGCUAUUUGCACUCCAGCCGAUUCGGUUCAUCAAUCGUUACGAGUGGCGCCAGCUGACUGACCUGGAGCGUUGUGCUAUCGCGACUUUCUGGAAGAGUGUGGGUGAUGGGCUUGAUAUUAGCUAUGAAAAACUCCCGUCUGGUAAGAACGGGUUCCGGGAUGGGCUCCAGUGGCUUGAGGAGAUCGAUGCUUGGAGUGAAGAGUAUGAGGCGAGGUUUAUGGUGCCUGAUAAUAAGAAUCGUGAGACGGCGGAUCAGACUACUGCUGUGCUGGCUUACACGCUGCCUAAAAUAUUCCAUCCGGCUGCGUUCCAGGUCGUUUCGUUCAUGAUGGAUGACAGGCUUAGGAAGGCGAUGUAUUAUGAUCCUCCCUCCGCAUUCUACUCGGCACUCUUGUCAGCUAUACUCACAGCUCGCAAGCUUUUCCUCCGCUAUCUAGCUCUACCACGACCGUACUUCUUGCGCGCUACCUUGUUCACCGAGGAGCCGGAUCAAAACAACCGCUUCUUCCUCACCCAGUGGGAUGCCGCGCCGUACUAUGUCAAGCCCACGUUCUGGAACCGCUGGGGACCGAUGGCGUGGCUGAGUUGGGCUCUAGGGCGGCCUCUGCCUGGCGAUGAGGGAGAUAAGUAUUAUCCUACAGGAUAUAGUAUUGCGGAUGUUGGACCAAAGCAAUUUGAAAGGAAGGGGAGGAAGCAGAUGGAUGAGAUUCUAUUGGAGUUAAAGGAGCAUCGGACUGGCAAAUGUCCUUUUCACUGA